UCCAGUCGUCAAUUCACCACCCAAACAGCCCGCAUCUCCAUCACCAAAACAACCUCAUAAUCAACUCAUGCAACUCAUCAACAGUUGAUAGCUGUUGUUGACAAUAUCGCCGUUUAUAUCAUUCUGUGAGUAUUCCCUUCCUCUCUGUCUGCUUCUCCACCAGCAUCAGUCGAUUGCGUCGCCAAGACCGAUGAACCCAAGCUUGUCCACGCCAAAACAUCGCAUCACGAACUGCCGAGUUAUCCCUACGACCGUCUCCCCCACAAUCCGCGACGCUCGUGCUUUACAAGCUCCCCAGACAGCCAGCGAGCCUGGAGCCAACGCUCUGUGCAUCAGCACGCUCUUGUUUACUCCUCGUCAUCCCGUCGUUCCGUCGCGUCGCCCAUUCCUCGUCCUCGCCGAUACAUACGAUUCGAUCCAGAGCCUCCUCGCGCCUUAUUCACUCACAACUAACAUCCCACUGCAGAAAGCCUACGUCCGCAUCGCGCUUCAUCGUCAAUUCCGCAAAGAUGCCUACCAUCCACACCCUCGACGCGCGCGACGUCGCCAUGCAGCUCUCCAAGCGCGAGAACUGGGCCAAGAAGGAGGCUGGUGUCGUGGUCGUGUUCUGUAUCGUUGGCGUUGUCGCGCUUGGCGUCAUCUGGUUGUGCAUCCACAAGUGGAUGCUCCGCCGUCGUGCGAACAGGCCCGAGAAAUAGAUGGGUUUGGAGGAUCCGGGGGGAGGGUGUAUAGUGUAGCGAUGGACUGAUGAAAGGGGUGCGUCGGGAUAUUGGACCCGUGACGCGGAUGUGGGAGGGAUGGGGUUAUUGAUUUAAUAGAGGACUAGUGGCCGGAAGGGGGCGGAUAUCAUGUGGUAUAGUGGCGGAUGUUUUCUUCACCUGGCGGAGUUCGUACAUGGUCUAUUUUAUAGCUGUUCAUAAUUACAAUGGAUCGUUGUCUUGUGAAUGA